AUGUACUACCCUACUUUCGUCUCGGCUGCGCUGGUCGCUUUCCUCGCCACGGCCAGUGCUGCGCCGGCCAACAAGUUCAACACGCGCGUGGGGACCGUCGCCACGAAGACAUCCGGUGAGAAGCUCGUCCAGCGCGCAGCUACCGAUGCCCAGGCCACAGGCGGAGCCAGCUCCAACCCCCUUGAUGCAUUGCUAGGGGGAGCAGGCGGUGCCGGAGGAGCCACUGGUGGACUCGACCAGCUUCUGGGGGGCCUAACAGGGGGAGCUACCGGUGGCGGCAAUGCAGCGGGCGGCGCAACAGGAGGGCUCGAUCAGCUACUCGGUGGCUUGACAGGCGGUGCGACCGGAGGCAACGCCGGUGGUGCUACUGGCGGUCUGAGUCAGCUAUUGGGCGGGCUCGCGAAGAAGCAGGCCGAGAAGGCCGAAUAA